AUGAUGACGGGGAGGGUGGUGUUGUGGGGGGUGGUUGGGUGGGCCAACUGGGCGAGGUUUGGGCUGGAGAUCAACAAGAACAAGAAGAACGGGUACAGGAACCGGAAGGAACAGAGGCAUUUCCAGAGGGGGUAUGAAGGGCAGAGGGGGUUUUGGGGUGGGAGAAAGGUGGAAGAGGUGGUGGAGGAUAAGGAGCAUGAUUACCGGAAGGUGUUGAGGGAGAGUAGGGUGUAUGCGGGCAGGAGGGAGUUUGAGGGGAGGAGGGAACACAAGGUUAGGGAUUAUGAGAGCCGGAGAGAUUAUGGGAGUCGGAGGGAGCACAGAGAGAGGAGGGAGUAUGAUGACCGCAGGGAGUGA